GCUGUAACACGCAUACCACACCACACACUACACAACAUCAUACGACGCGUCCGAAAAACGUAAACGUGUUCCAUCUCGCUCUUGCCCUCAGCGUUCCGCUAUUUUACAUUUCUGUCACGCACAGCCAUGUAUUGCGUCGUGGAUGUGCAUGCAUUCAUUUAUUUUUAUUAACGCUGUUUCCAGCGUCUUUCGCUUUCCAUUCCGGCAAAAACACCGGUUGUGCCUUUUCUUCUGGUUUGUGCUGGAUUCUUUCUCAUCGCGCGUCGUUGCAGCGUCGUGUACCGCUCAGCAGUACCUAACAGUGUGUCAAAUUAUUUGUUUGUUCUCCUAAAGCAAUACUCCCAGCCAUGUCUUGGUAUUACACGCCCCACCCCACCGUCGUGCCGGCAGAAGAUUUCGAUGCAUCUGCCGAUGCAAAUGCGCUAAGGAAAGCGAUGAAAGGUUUCGGCACGGACGAGCAGGCGAUCAUCGACAUCCUGUGUGCGCGGUCCAAUGCCCAGCGACAGGAGAUUGCGGAAGCGUUCAAGCGUGAGUUGGGCAGAGAUCUGAUCGACGAUCUGAAGUCGGAACUGGGUGGCAAGUUUGAAGAUGUCAUUCUGGGGCUUAUGCUACGCCCGGAAGCCUACCUGUGCAAGCAACUGCACAAAGCGAUGGACGGCAUCGGCACCAAUGAAAAGGCGUUGAUCGAAAUCAUUUGUCCGCAGACGAACGAUCAAAUAAAGGCGAUCGUCGACUGCUACGAGGAGAUGUACGACCGUCCGUUGGCCGAGCAUUUGUGCAGCGAAACAUCUGGCAGCUUCCGACGACUCCUGACCAUGAUCAUUGUCGGCGCCCGCGAUCCGCAAGGCACGGUCGAUCCUGAUCUUGCCGUGGAGCAGGCGAAGCAACUGUACGAUGCCGGUGAGGGUAAGCUCGGUACGGACGAGGAAGUGUUCUACAAGAUCCUUGCCCAUGGCUCCUUCGAUCAGCUGGAGAUAGUGUUCGAAGAGUACAAAAGUCUGUCGGGACGUACGAUCGAGCAAGCGCUGAAGGCGGAACUCAGCGGCGAACUUUACGACGCACUGAGCGCGAUCGUGGAGUGUGUACAGAUGGCACCGCACUUCUUCGCCAAACGGUUGCACAAGGCGAUGGAUGGUGUCGGCACGGAUGAUGCGACACUGAUUCGUAUUAUCGUCUCGCGAUCGGAGAUCGAUCUGCAGAACAUCAAGGACGAGUUCGAGCAGAUGUACAACAAGACGCUCGUCAGUGCCGUACGGAGUGAAACUUCCGGUGACUACAAACGGGCCCUUUGCGCUUUGAUCGGAAACGCUUGAAGAGGCGGCUGCAACUGCAUCAUGACGAAAUUGAUUUCUAACGUUUCGAAUCGUAUUACAUCUAUUCUAGAAGUUCACGCAAAGAGCAUGCCUUUAUAUGGUCGGGUUUCGUGUAUGUAUGUGUUUCGGUGUCGAAUCUCUUGUUCAACAAUAAAAACAAUUAAUCACGUCUUAUCGCAAACAAAAA